CCCCCGACGGUCACCGAACUGGAGAUCGAGAGUCUGGGGAGAUUGCGGCACAAGAACUUGGUGAACCUUCAAGGUUGGUGUAAGCAGAGGAGCGAUCUCCUUCUCGUCUACGAUUACAUUCCGAAUGGGAGCCUGGAUUUCUUCCUCUACGGCGGCGGCGGGCAGCGAUGUUUGAGCUGGGAGCAGAGGUUUAGGGUUUUGAAAGGGAUUGUCGCGGGGUUGCUUUACCUGCACGAGGAAUGGGAGCAGGUUGUGAUCCACAGGGACGUCAAGUCCAGCAAUGUGUUGAUCGACGGCGAGAUGAACGGCCGCCUCGGGGACUUCGGGCUAGCCAGGCUGUACAACCACAGAACGGCGGCGUCGCACACGACCAAUGUCGUCGGGACGGUCGGGUACAUCGCACCCGAAUCGGCCCGAACAGGGAAGGCGUCGACCCGGUCCGACGUGUUCGCGUUUGGGGUUCUACUGCUGGGCGACUUUAUACUGGUGGACUGGGUGACUGAGUGCCUGCAAAUGGGGAGUGUUCUGGACGCGGCUGAUGCACGGCUGGAGCGGCGGUAUGUGGCAGAGGAAAUGGAGAUGGUUCUAGGGUUGGGGCUCAUUUGCUCGCACCAAAGGCAGGAGUCGAGACCCACGAUGAGACAAGUGGUGAGAUAUCUGAAUUGCGAGGACCAGCUCCCAACCGUCGACCGGCGUGGGUACACCGAUGACGACGCUCUUGGAAGUGCUCGCCGGGCGAACUCAAGAUUGCAAACCGGAUCCGGUGACUGUCGGGGGAAGAACGAUUGGGAAAGGGAUGAGGGUUGUGUGGUCCGAGUGAGGAGAGAGAGAGGAUAA